AUGAAGAUCGGUCUUUCCUCCUCACUGUUCUCCCUUCUCUGGGUAACUUCAUCACUUGCUCAAAAUGUCAUCGACGAAAUGUCUUUCGGACAUAAACAGACAAUCUCGCCGAAUUCCUUUGCCAUUCCUGGUUGGUCGAUGCUUGGGGAAGGACAUGUGCCUCAACUGCUGUCGGACAAAGUCAUUCUGACACCUCCGUACGGCGGUCACAAGCGGGGAGCACUAUGGAGUGAACAGAAAAACUCAUUACAGGAUUGGGCUGUGGACCUCAAAUUCAGGGCAAGCGCUGCAGACAGAGGCAGUGGGAAUUUGCAACUGUGGUACGUGGCCAAUGGCGAUAAGACAGUGAGCACGUCGAGCAUAUACACAGUGGGGAAGUGGGAAGGGCUUGCAAUAGUCGUCGACACAGUAGGAGGGGUACAAAAGAUUCGAGGGUUUCUCAGUGAUGGGUCGGUCGAUUACAGAAACCAUGCGAACGUGGACAGCCUUGCAUUUGGGCACUGCGACUACGUCUACCGCAAUCUGGGGCGGCCAUCUCAUAUCAAUGUGAAACACACUCGUGCAGAAGGCCUCGAAAUCCGUGUCGACGAUAGAGUGUGCUUCACCACGGCGAAAGUUGCACUACCGCUGGAUUAUGGCUUUGGGAUGACCGCGGCAUCAGCAGAUCCUCCCGACUCCUUCGAAGUGUUUGGAUUCACUCUGUCUUCUCUCACUGCACCGCCAGCCACGCAAGAAUCAAAUCAACAAGCCUUCUCACAGAACCAAAAUCAAGGACAAGGGAUGAUGCAAAUGGAGGAUCACCCGGCGUCCUACUACACCACAACGGAAACCCAAUUCGCAGACCUCCACAACCGCCUCAAUCUCAUCUCCAAAUCCAUCCAAAAUCUCUUUGGUGAAGUUCAACGCGUCUCUGCCACCCUAGAGUCCCGACACGCCGAAAUCCUGGCCCGCAUGCCCAAUUCCCAAUCUAUUGCGAGUCUUGAUAACCGGGUGGCCAAUCUCGACAGGGUCGUCUCCUCUCUGGAGAAGGAGUUGAAGACCGGCGAUCACCGCACGCAAUUUGCCAAACUGAGUGAGCAGAUUGCGGAGACCCAUGUGGGCGUGACGGAACAGGUGCCACAGAGAGUCAGGGAAUAUGUCAUUGCGCACACGCCCAGGAUCGGAUUCAUCCUGUAUAGUUUUAUGGCGUUCCAGACAUGUUGCAUCGGGGUGUUUGUAUGGUACAAAUGGCGAAAGAGUACAAUGCCUAAGAAGUACUUGUAA